UCUAUUGGUGAAGAAGGUUGGGGAAAAGUGUAUUGCUGCUGAAGGGAAGGUUUUGAUCUCACAAAUUUCAAGUCUUUUUACUGCUAAAAUGUAGCUUUGAAAUGAGUUUAUUGCAGACCCAAUAUGCAUUUUGAUCGUAUUGUGUCUUGUUUCACAGUUAUUCAAGUUAGGGACAGUCCACUUCAUAUGUGUAUCUAAUGAUAACUCAGAGGAGGAGGAGUUAAUAUAAAGUUUGGAAGUGAGAAGGAUAGCAAGGAGUUUUGUGAUUCAUUUGAGGAGUGGAGAAAGGAUGCUCUUGUUCCAGGAUCAUCCACAGUUUCAGCUAGUAAUAGCAAGUUUGACGAUAAGAUUGAGGCGUCCUCGACAAAAAUGUACUUCCAUUACUAUGGACAACUUCUUCAUCAGCAAAAAGGCUUUGUUUCGGCAUCAACAAAAAUAUUAUGGUGUUGAUUUGACACCUCUGUUUGGUUCAGCACACCAAGGUUAUUUUUCUCAGCCUGUGGUUGAUGCAUUUGAUCCGAGGUUAUUGGUAGCUCCCCCCAUGUUUCAUACGAUUGAUUUCACUCAGAUGAAGGAAGAAGAUUUUUAUGAGAUGGAUAUCCCAUUGAAGUUUACUGCUUCUAUGUGCACCCGAGUGCACAGACUUGCCUGCUGGUUCCACGUUCUCUUCGACGGAAGCACGGUACAAAGAUGGCUCACAACUGCUCCUGGUGUGCCUACAAUGCAUCGGUACCAGCCCACAAAAUCAGCUCGCACACAUGUCAUCCAUGGUUCUCCACAGCUACAUUCUCUCCAUGGUCUUCUCCGUGUUGCAGGUUGGAGAAAACUAAUUGACUUCUGAGGCAGCCAUGGACGGGACCUGCGGCACGGUUUGUAAAUGUUGGUCCGUAUAGAAUGUAACUACAUCUAAACGUUAGUUAUGAUCGAACCAUUAGUCAUUUUAAUUUUUUAUACUUAUAUUAGUUGUUUUACUCUUUUCCAGUUUUUUUUUUAAAAUAAUAAUAUUAUCUUUUUUUUCAUAUUGCAC